AUGAAGAGAAAACAACAAUUGAGUUUAAAAUCAACAAAUGAAUCUCGUGAAGGACAUUCUACUAGAUUCUUCUACGGAAACUCACAGACACAAAAAUCUGACGAAAAUUUGACAUUUUCUUCAUCGUCAUCAACUCCAAAGACUGUGCAGGCUGAACCUCGAAAAGCAGAGAAGAAAACUUUUCGCUCGAGUGGAAUAUUCAGAUUAAAAUCACCAACUAGAUCUCGCGAAGAAAUGUCUACCAGUUCGAUUGGAAAGACUGAAGAUCUAAAAUCUGGAAUUCCGGAGAAACAAUUUUUCUCUUCUAGUGAAAGAUUGAGUCUAAAAUCAACAAAUGAAUCUCGUGAAGGACAUUCUACUAGAUUCUUCUACGGAAACUCACAGUCACAAAAAUCUGACGAAAAUUUGACAUUUUCUUCAUCGUCAUCAACUCCAAAGACUGAGCAGGCUGAACCUCGAAAAGCAGAGAAGAAAACUUUUCGCUCGAGUGGAAUAUUCAGAUUAAAAUCACCAACUAGAUCUCGCGAAGAAAUGUCUAACAGUUCAAUUGGAAAGACUGAAAAUGUGAAAGCUGGAAUUCCGGAGAAACAAUCUUUUACUUCCAGUGAAAGAUUGAGUUUAAAAUGUUAGUGUUUAACAGAUGUAUUUUAAA